GUGAGGAGACGGCAACUUCUUCCCUGCUAGCGCUUCGUGAGCCCGGGCAGGCGAUGGUGAUCGACUUCUUCGCUCCUUGGUGCAAGGCGCGUGCUUUUGCAAUGGAGCAUGGUCUUCAUCGCUGUGCCGUGGCAGCCGUUGUGGACGAGGAUGCGCCCCAGAGCUAUGGUGUGGCUGGCCUGCCACACCACACAUUGAUUGCGCCAUGCGGCAGAGUGGCCAAGAACUACGAAGUUUCCCUGCCGGAGGAUCUUGAGGCGGUCCUCGCGGAAGCCGCCGAGGGAGUGCCAGCGCCGCGACAAAGCCGGGUCUCGGAGGAAUACCGCAGACUAGAGAAGGAGGACCCGCUGCUCAAGGAGAAUCCGCAGCGUUGGGUCAUGUUUCCUUUGCAGCAUCCAGAGGUUUGGGAGAUGUACAAGAAGCAUGAGGCCUCAUUCUGGACAGCAGAGGAGAUUGACCUCUCACAGGACAGCAAGGAUUGGGUCCAGCUCAAUGAGGGAGAGCAGCACUUCAUUAAGCACGUGCUGGCCUUCUUUGCUGCGUCAGACGGAAUCGUGUUGGAGAACCUGGCCGCGCAGUUUUCCUCAGAGAUUCAGAUUCCGGAAGCCCGCGCCUUCUAUGGCUUCCAGAUCGCCAUGGAGAACAUCCACUCGGAGACCUACUCCCUGCUCAUUGAGCAGUACAUCAAGGACCCCAAGGAACGCGAUGGCCUCUUCGAUGCCAUCCAUACCAUGCCUCCUGUGCGUGAGAAGGCACACUGGGCCCUGCAGUGGAUGAACCGUGAGAGCACCUUCGCGGAGCGAUUGGUGGCCUUCGCAGCUGUCGAGGGCGUGCUUUUCAGCGGAUCAUUCUGCGCGAUCUUCUGGCUGAAGAAGCGAGGAAAAAUGCCAGGCCUGACUUUCUCCAAUGAGUUGAUUUCUCGCGACGAGGGCCUCCAUGCCGACUUUGCUUGCCUCUUGUACCAGAUGCUGCAGAACAAGCUCCCAGAGGACAUCGUGCACGACAUCAUCCGUGGAGCAGUGGAGGUGGAGCGGAAGUUCAUCUGCGAUGCACUCUCAUGCGACCUCGUCGGAAUGAACAAGGAGCUGAUGACGCAGUACAUCGAGUUCGUUGCUGACCGGCUUCUUAGUGCCCUGGGUCACAGCAAGAUCUUUGGGGCAACCAACCCCUUUGACUGGAUGGAGAUGAUCUCGCUGCAGGGCAAGACCAACUUCUUUGAGAAGCGCGUGGGCGAGUACCAGAAGGCCGGUGUGAUGGCUGGCACCACAAACUCACUGAACGCUUUCUCGUUGAACGAGGAGUUCUGA